AUGCAGCAGCAGCAGUAUCAGCUACAUUACGACCAAAACCUGGACCUGGCUAUCCACCUCAUACAGGCGGCAGCAAUCCUCGGACAUACUUCAGGACUUUGGGUGACAUCCCUGUCGCUCGCAUGGCUGUUCCGUCGGACCCACGCGGACGGCCAUAUUACUCAGAUGUCCCUCCACACGACCCAAGGACUGGAGGACCGCCUCACUGGGCGGGUCACCCGUUGCUCGAUCAAAGAUUCGGCUAUUACCGACGAGGACACGCCUUCGGGCACGAAAACUGAAGACCAGCGUCGUCCGCAUUCGCUGCAACUUCCUCAGGACCGUGAAGUAGGAGGAGGAGAAAACAUCAGCCCACCAGAGACGCAGGAUACAGAGAUGGAGGAUAUAGUAGACAUGGACGGUCCCGGAUCUGUCCCCGCCUCCGACUCUCACCUAACCCCUGGACCUGGUCAAUCAAAGACGUCAGGAAAGAUCAGCAGCAGCUCAGAGGGACUCGAUCCGAGGAACACGCAGGAAUGGGUCACCGAAGAUACACGACGGACCGUGCCAGGACUUGCUCCCAGUCCCAGCAUGUCCUCAUCCUCGGCCUCGAUAUCUACGGAUGGCCCACCGUCAGCAAAGCUUUCCGUCGCAACCGGGACCUCCACCACCACCACCGCCCGCACUCAUCAAGCUCAGAACGACACAACCAACGAACCAAGGAAAGUGACAUCGCUUUCACCCUCGCCGUCACUUCAUUUCCCUUCGCUCUCCUUGGGCCCCUCGUCAUCGACCUCGCCCAAGACUCGGCUUGCAAUCAGUCUUCCCAAAGACAGUCCUGUUGCGGGAGUUUCUGUUGCCCGCAAGUGGAGCAAUAGUGGCGGCACGAAACCUCCGGGCGGCACGGCGGAACCCAUGGCACAACGACUCGGUCAGGAGGGCUACUACAGUAAGCACGACUUGGAGGAGUUGUAUAAAUCGUGGAAGACCGAUUUUGAAGAGAGGGGUGGAGGUGGCGGCGGCAGCGGCGAGGGUAGCAGCGGAGGACAUGGACGAGGAGGGCUGGGAGGGGACGCCACAGCCGCAGUCAACAGGCGGGAUCUUGCCAGAGGAUCAGGUGACGUAAGGGCGCGAUUGGACACGCCCCGGGAGGCCUCUUCUGCCACCGCCACCGUCUCUGGAUCAAGCUCUCGUCGUAACAAGGAACCUGGAAGGAUUAAGGAUAUGGAUAUGGAUAUGGACGAGGAUACAGGUGAUCAGGACGAGCAGGAGGACGAUGAUGAAAAUGAGGAUGAUGACGAAGAUAGGUCUCUCUCUGAAGCUGACAGUGGUUCUGCGUCGAAUGGAGAUCCAGGUCCGAAGAAGGGUAGGAAAGACACCUCUGCCGGUGCUUCUCCUUCUGCCCCUGAUGGCCAACCACGGCGGAUCCGCGUCCAGGAGAACAAGAGCCACAAGUGCAAUCAGUGCGAGAAACGGUUCUCGCGGCCUAGUCAGCUCCUGACCCACUCCUUCACUCAUUCUGGCGAGAAACCACACCAGUGCCCACACUGCAAGCGUCUGUUCAACGUCGCCAGUAACCUCAAGCGCCACAUCCGGAUCCACAGCAACAGCAAGCGACGGUCCUCACGGAACGGCAACGUGGUUUUUCGCAGUUUUGCCCAGGGUACACAUGUGACCCAGAUGGUGACUGGAACCAUUAGCAGCGUUAGGGCAGGAGGAAGUGGUGGCGGUGGUGGAACAGGAGGCAGAAGUAGCAGUAUCUCUGGAUCGGGAUCGGAUCUGAAUGAUCCCAAGCGAGCUGCGGCUCCGUCAACUCGGACGCCUGUGUUUGACAAACUGAGGUGGAUGAACACUGAAACCCCUACCAAGGGAUUGACGGCUACACAGCUGCAACAGCAGCAAGUCCAUAUGGCUAGCUAUCGACCGAUCAAGGCCAAGCAGGCGGCUGCCGCUGCUGCUGCUGCUGCUGCUGCUGCUGCUGCUGCAAGUUUAUCUUCUGUCACCACGUCUAAUAUCAUCAUCAAUACCCCCUACGCCAGUAACACCCUCGACAGCAGUAGUCACACCAGACGUGGCAGCUGGAACUCCAGCCUCUGGGUCAAGGUCAUCUGGAACUUCAUCAAGCCGAGAUAG